AUGGCGUCUCUCGGGCGAAGAGCCGGGAGCUACAUCUGCUCGGAGCUGUGUGGCACAGCUCUGAACCAGAGGCGCUACUCCACUUCGAGAGUGGAUUGGAAGCAGCUGCGGCCAAUGAUUCUUAAGAGGAUUAAGAACCGGUCAAAGGAAUACCCAAUCAAGCGGAUGAUUCCGGUCGCAGAGGAGGUGGUCAGGGCAAGGGAGGUUGUGUAUGAGGGUGUCUCCAGACUGCUCAAAGUUGUUCUUGUUCAGUCAUGCAAAUUCUGUCCUGAAGUUCACAUUGGAGCCACGGGUCAUCAGAUGAAAACAUGCUAUGGUUUCAAGCUAAUGAUCAAGGACCGACCACAUGAAUGGGAUCCAGGCAACUUGAAUGACAUCCUUGUUCCUGUUCAGGCUUUCCACCAGAAAAACAUGUUUGAGAAUGAGAUAAAGCAUGACCAGCGGUUUGACUUCACUUGUGUCCCAGCUGUACUUGAGCUCUGCCAUCAUGCAGGUGCAGACAUACCUGAUGAGAUUCUAUACAAAAGUGAACGAAUAUCUACCACACUCAAAACCAACAAUCAGCAACCUGCUCCAAUCUUGCCAGAUGAACUCAGAUAUAUCGGUCAGAGAACACUAGAUGCAUGGGAAAGCCUGAGAUUAGGUGUCACAAAACUCCUCUUGGUGUAUCCAUCCAAAGUUUGUAAGCAUUGCUCUGAAGUGCAUAUCGGACAGUCAGGGCACAAGGCCAGAAUGUGUGGGGUAUUCAAGUUUGAGGGCUGGAAAGGGAUGCACAAGUGGGACAAGGCCGGAGUGGAUGACCUAGUUCCUCAGAAGAUUGUGUGGCAUCGGCGGCCUCAUGACCCACCGAUCCUUGUGGACGGCGGGAGGGAUUAUUAUGGGCAUGCGCCUGCUGUCAUUGAGCUCUGCAUGCAAGUGGGUGCAGUAGUGCCCCUGAAAUACCAUUGCAUGAUGAAGACACAUGGCUUAGCACCGCCUGUUCGAUGA